AUGGCUGCCAUGGAGAUGAUCCCGGACCUUACUCACUACUCCAAAGGACUAGGCUCAGACACGUUUCCUCUCAAAGUCACCACACCCCAGGACAACAUCCCAAGCAGGGACAACAACGGCGACGGCAACAACACCCUCACUGUCAAUUUCACAGUAGUGACGCUCGAAAAAGGAACAGCAGAGAUCACAUUGGACGGCCAAGGCUUUCGCGUCGUCUCCCUCUCCCUCUCACCACAACUCACCAACCUCCAGCUAUCAGUCCGCCAAGAAGAGGCUGUGUCAGGGCACACAUACGAGACCAUCGAGGCCCUCCUCAUGGCAUUGAGUCCAGGCUUUGAAGCAUUCUUUGGUCAGGAACUCGCACAAAGACUCGAAAACGUGUCCUGGGAUCAAAAUCGGUUUCAACACUCCAGUGACGAUGACAGUGCCGAUGACUCGGGCAACGAAGAUCGGUGA